UAAAUACUUCAACUAUUUGUCGAGUCGGAUAUGUACCUACGGACAUGGAAAUGAAAAGAACCCGAGAUACAAUCACCGGCGGCGGCGGCGGCGAGGAUAGUGAUGGUGCUAUGUUGGAGUGGUUUUUAUUUGAAUUGUUACACAAAGUUCCGAUUAAGGACUUGUUCAGGUUCAAGUGUGUAUCAAAACAAUGGUAUGAUUUUAUCUCUAAUCCCUCAUUUCCCGAUUCCUAUAUCUCUAGACUGCCUUCAUCACAAAGACAAUUCCCAAUCAUGUUUUUUCCGUCCUGGUUCCGACUCGCUGAUCAUGAUCAAGAUCAAGAUCAAGAUCGUACCUUUCUCACUAAUUUGCCUUUUCCUCGUGUGAAAGAAGUAGGAUCUGAUUCAUCAAAUCCAUCAGAUUGGUUUUUCUGUACCCUAGCAGCCGACAAAGGGUUUCUUUUGCUAGGUUACACCGCCCGGCUAAAAAUCAAUGGUCCUUCUUCCGGAGAUAGAUUCACUAAUGCUGAAUUUUACAUUUGGAGUGCUGUAACCCAUCAGUGGUUUUGCCUGCCUUCACCUCCUUCUGGCACCGUCUUUAAGAGGGAAAAUGUUGGUUUUAUAACCCAAGUGAAAUCUGGAUCUUUGACCAGUUAUAAAGUCGUCAUAAUCUCUUACAGGUUUGAACAUUCCACUGAUGUGAAGUUGUUUUCUUCAGAAACAGGGGAAUGGAGGCGCAUCCAUUUGCACUCUGAAGUUCCAGUUUCAAGACUUCUCCCGGGUUGGAGACCCUUUGUUCUGAACAACACGCUUCAUUGGCCUGAUCCUAUUCGUCGUAAAAUCAUCACAUAUGAUCCUUACGCCAAUCCUAAUAGGUAUGGUACAAUUGACCUUCCGACAAAGGGAUGGUUUUCCACAUGUGGUGUUAGUCAAGGUCGCCUUAAGUGCAUUGAAACAAUUAGAGAUUGUUGGGAAAUUUGGGAACUCGGGGAGGACUCCCAUUGGUGUUUUCAAACUGCAAUCAAGAUCAACGAUUUUGAAAUUGCUCCUCCUUUUCGUCAUCCGGGUCCUGUAAAGUACUCUGGAUUUGAGAUAUUCCAUCCAUCUGAUCCGGAUAUAAUAUACUUGUAUUUGGAUUUGAAGGCGAACAAAAGAAUAUUGAUCAUGUCGGCGUGCAACAUUAAGACCAAGAAGGUGGAACCACUUGGUCCAUCAACCCCGUUAUUCACGAGCUUGAAUUCUUUCCUUGUGGAGUCUUCACCUUGGUUCUUCUCCGUCCAACCUGUUCUUGUGGAAAUUCCAACUUGGCCCAUCUCCAUUCCAGCUGCUCUUGGUAACAAUUGUAAGGGCUUUGAUGAUGAACAACAUAUAUAUAAGAGCACCAGCAAAGGUCAAGGGAAAGAAAAAAGAGAAUGGAAUCAAAUAUUAGCAUCAAAGGAGGACAUUAACAUCAAAGACCAGCAACUGAAUAAACAUCAUCAAGCUCUUUUGGAACGGUUGGAUCUCUUUUUGUUCUUGAGGGUUGGCGCCAGUUUGGAUCUCUUCGACCCAUUACAUAGUCUUGGCGAGAGGAAGAUCAGGGAUGCGUUACUCUUCCUUUUAGUUCUUUUUUUAACUUUGAAUGGGAAGAUGAAUGAAUCGUAUCGAAUCGCAGGUGUGAGUGGGCUCGGUCCGAAUAACGUUCUUGCCGCUGUCCAUAUUUUUAUACUCCUAAUUGGAAACCCUAACAGAAACCCUAGCACUUGUAAGUUUCAGUCGUAUUCCUCCUCCGUUCCAAAUAUGGAGAACCGACAAAAGACCACCUCCCAGGGCGGAGACAGGGGCGGUUUUCAGGGUUGCGAUUUACCGGAAUGGUUCUUGUUUGAAUUGUUAUGCAAACUUCCGGCUGAGGACGUGUUUAGGUUCAAGCGCGUAUCGAAACAAUGGUCGUUUUUCAUAUCUGAUCCCCGUUAUUCCGGUUCAUUGUUAUCUAGACUGUCCUUAUCAUCACGACGAUUGAUCUUCCUUCGGUCAAAGUACAAUUUGGAUGAUGAUGAUGAUGGUGGUGGUGAUGAAAAAGGGAGACUAACAUAUCCAGAGCGACACUUUUUUAGCCUACCAACUCCUCCUCCCGGAGGAAUAGAUCCGACAAGGACAACAACAACCACCUUUAGAACAACCACAACAUUUACUGAAAAAGUAACCACAAGAUCAUUGUAUACCAUAGCAGCCGACAAGGGGUUUGUUUUGAUGGUUCUUCUAUGGAAAACGAAGAGGUUGAACGGUUCAACCAAGUUUGACCUUUGUAACUUUUACGUAUGCAGUGCUACAACGGAUCAGUGGUUGAGCAUACCGGUUCCUCCUUAUACCCACGACAACUUCCAAGGCAUGAUGGUGAGGAUUUCUUUGAUAUGGUGGAGGUGUUCUCCUCAGAAACAAGGAGAUGGGAAAAUUUUACUUUGUCUUAUGGUGGCGGUGGAAUUCCAACUUGGUUUUACUCCAAGACACCCAUUGUUGUGAACAACAGUCUCUAUUAUUCGGCGCGGUGUAAUGAUGAUGAUGAGCCCUAUCAAAUCCUAGCUUAUAACCCUUAUUUCAGCCCUACUGAGUGUCGGAUGAUAAAAGUUCCACCUGGAGGUUCGUUUCACAGAAUGGGUGUUUGUCAAGGUCGUCUUAGGUAUUUUCAGCGGCAGCGGCAGUUCCCAAAUCAAAAUCAAAGGGAUGAGGAAUGUUUGGAAGUGUGGGAAUUUGGGGAGGAGGAAGACUUAUCUCAGUGGCGCCUUAAGAAUACACUUACCCUUGCCAGAGAUGUUGCUACGUUUUUCUAUUUCCAUCCAUUUGAUUCAAACGUGAUAAUAUGUUGGGGUGAAGACGAUUUUGUGGCCUUCAAUAUGUUGACCCACAAAAUGGAAACAUUUACUCCGUCCCCGAAUAAGAGUAAAGGGUUUCUUUUGAAGCUUCCACCUCGGCCCGUCUCUAUUCCGUCUUCUCUUAUUAGGAGUAAGGAGGGAGAAAUUUGAGGCUGCAGCAUUGGUAAGUUAGAGCUUUCUUCAUAUCCGGUUUGAGUGUUAUUAGGUUCGGUGAGUUUUCAAUAUCCUAAGGAAGUUAAUUUUGUGUUUAGUUAUCUGAGUUCCUCUAGAUUUCAUCCAUUUGAUCCAUCCGUCCAUCUUUAUCAAUUAAUGUAAAACUGAAAUAGAUUCCAG